AUGGAUAUAGAGGAGUGCAGGAGGAGGUUGCAGGAUAAGGUCUGGCUACUUCAUCCAACGAAUGCCGAAGGGAUCGUUGACUACAUGAUUGCAAACAUAGCACCUGAGGAUAUCAGAUCAUAUUUAUUAACUGCCACAAAUGGCACAUUAUUGAAACUAUUUGAGGGUGCAAACCGUUUACAAAAAAUCCUGGAUUUGUCCAAGGAAAAUGAGGAGCCCCUAUUUGGUCCAUUCCGUCCCUUUGAUCAGAUUGGACCACAGAAGCAAUACCAGUUUCCUUCAAGAAGCUAUUCUCAGGUCCUUCAGGCUCCACUGCACCCCAUUGGUCCAACUGGAGCUUUUCAGAAACCAUACUCUAAACUCAUUGGCUUCGGGGACCAUUCCCAGUCUUUGAGCAUUCUUGAUGAUGCCAUGCCAAGUCACUACCAAUGUGCUAGUAUAAAUGUUGAUGGCUAUCCCAGUAAUGCCAAGGUCCAAAAGCCUUGUCGCUUUUACUUCUCCUUUGGAAAGUGUAAGUAUGGUGAGAACUGUCGGUUUUCCCAUGUGUCCGGUUACCCUGAGAUUAAUAACAUGAGGCAAGUUCACCACCUUGGGUCAUUGCAAAUGUUGGAGAUGGAGAUCAGGGAUCUCCUGUCCUUGCAGCCAUCAUCACAAGUGUCAGUUGAGCAUCUGCAAAAAAUGUACCUUGAGACGUAUCCAAAGCCUCUAGAAAUUGAGGGAUUCCAUACAGAGGGCCAGAAGAAUAGGAAGGCUGGUUGCGGCCUCACAGAUCUGCUCAUGCAACUUAACACCAUCAGAGUGAUUGAGAGACAAGGACUGCAUCAUGUUGUCCUGGUGAAAGAUGCUCCUAAGUACUUCACUCAUGGUUUUGAAUCAGUGAUGCCUUCUGCCAGCAGUGAUUCUAACAAGAUUUAUAUUACCUUCAAUCAUACAAGCACAUUCACUCACACAGAUGUCCAGAACUACUUCAGUCAGUAUGGUGCUGUUAGUGAAGUGAGAUUAUCAGAACAAGAGAGACGCAUGUAUGGUCAUGUGAGAUUCCUGGACCCUGGGACGGCAAAACAGAUCAUAUCAGAAAGGGGCCCUCAUUUCAUCUGUGGAAACGAAGUUCGUGUCAGAGCUUUCAGGAAAAAGCAUGAACUCGAAAUGUUAGCUAAGAAAGAUGUCCAUUCUAACUGCAGUAUACGCGAAGUGUCAGAUGUAGAUGCCGUUGGUUUGGAUGAAGCAUCAGCAGAUCAAGAAGCUUUCUUGAUUGCAAAUCUUGUAAGUGACAAUACAGCAGAAUCAUCAGUGAACAUGAAAUGGACACAAAGGAAUGCCCCAUUCCUCUUUCCCCAUCUGCGGCCUCAGUUUCACUCAAGUGGCACUUUUUAUGGAUUUCAUGCUCCAUUCCCCUUGCCUCAUCCACAACCUCGGUUUGGCUUCAGUAGCAAAUCUCAUGAGUUUCAUGCGCCAUUAUUACCACUCAAUGUUCAAACUGGACCAUUGCAUUUUGGGCUGCCUCAGUUACAUCCAAGCCUCAGUUUUCAUGAAAUUCAUGCUCCGUUCACCCCCAUUGUUCCCACUGGCGCUUUUCAAAGCCCAUCUCCUGAAUUCACUGGCUCUGGGGAACUCAUGUUGGAGAAGGAGAUAAGAGAACUCCUGUUUUUGCUGCAACCACCAAGUGUCCAGGUCGAGUCUCUUGCAAAUAUGUACAUGGACAGGUAUGGAAAGCCUCUGCGAAAUGAGGGACUCCUCAUAGAUGGCCAGCAGCAAGGAAAGGCUGGUUGCAACCUAACAGAUGUGCUCAUGCGACUUAACACCACCAGAGUGAUCGAAAGACAGGGACAUCAGUAUAUUGUCCCAGUGGAAGAUGCUCCUAUGUACUUGGCACAUGGUUUCAAAUUGGGGAUGCCUCCUGCUAGCAGCAAUUCUAAUCAGAUUUUGGUUGUUUUCAUGCCUGGAAGCAAAUUCACUGAAGAAGAUGUUCACAGCUACUUCAGUCAUUAUGGUACUGUCAAUGACGUGCGAAUUCCACCUCAAGGAAGGCGCAAGUAUGGUUUUGUGAGCUUCCAGGACCCUGGAACAGCAAACCAGGUCUUAUCAGAAAGGAUCCCUCAUUUCAUCUGUGGAGAUCCAGUUCUUGUCGAAGAGUACAAGGAAAAACAUGAAUUAGAAGAGGAACAUCCUCCUAAGUACUUGGCUCAUGGUUCCAAACUGGGGGUGCCUCCUGCUAGAAGGGAUUCUAACCAGAUUUAUGUUCUUUUCAUGCGUGAAAGCAAAUUCACUGAAGAUGAUGUUCGGAACUACUUCAGUCAGUAUGGUACUGUCAGUAAUGUGCGAAUUUCACCUCAAGGAAAACACAUGUACGGUUUCGUGAGCUUCCAGGACCCCGGAACAGCAGGACAGAUCUUAUCAGAAAGGACCCCUCAUUUCAUCUGUGGAGAUCAAGUUUGUGUCGAAGCGUACAAGGAUAAAGAUGAACUAGAACGCGAACAGCAUCAUGGUUUUGAAUUGGUGUUACCUUCUGCAAGAAAUGGUUCUAACCAGAUUUUUAUUACCUUCGAUCCUGAAAGCUCAUUCACCAAAAAUGAUGCUUGGAAAUACUUCAGCCACUAUGGUCCUGUGAAUGAUGUGCGAAAGAAACGCAUGUUCGGUUAUGUGAGCUUCAAGUACCCUGACACGGUAAAACGGAUCUUAUCAGAAAGAUGUUUAAGGACCUCUCACUUCAUCUGUGGAGAUCAUGUUUUUGUGGAACCUUACAAGGAAAAACAUGGACCAGAGAUGCUGGCUCGGGAAGUUGCCGAUUUUGUCCUUGAACCACAUGAGGUGUCAGAUGUUGAUGUUAUUCAUGAGCAUCAUACAGGAAAACAAUUAUUGAGUAACCAUGAUUUUUAUGGGGAGAAGCUGAAUAAAGGGCGCGGUCAAGGAAUUGUUACUGAAAAGAGCAGUAUUAAUGUUGCACCAGUCAUGGCUUCACCACCAACACGAAACCUGUCUGUUCAUUCUGUUAGUGAAACAAGUCCUUCACAAGGUGACAAUACUGUAGAAUCAGCACAUUUGUUAAAUCAUUUGGAUGAUGCAUCAUCAGAUCUAGACAGCCAUGGCUUGAGGCUUCCAGAAACCCUCGAGGAUGUUUUCUGA